AUGCAAUUCGCCGUUACCCUCCUGAGCCUCGUGGCCAGCCUUGGUCUGGAAGUCGUCCCCGUCCAGGCCGCAGCAGUUCCCGCCGCUGGUUUGGUUCGCGCCGCCGGCGAGUCGCCCAACCAUGUCUAUCGCUCCAGCAUGGUUGCCAAGCGCCACACCUACGGAGUGGAUGCUGAUGAGGUCGCCCAUGAGAAGCGUCAUGACUAUGGCAUUGACGCUGACGAGGUCGAGAAGCGUCACGUCUACGGCGUAGAUGCCGACGAAGUCUCGCACGAGAAGCGUCAUACCUACGGUGUUGACGCUGACGAGGUUUCUCACGAGAAGCGCCACGACUACGGUAUCGAUGCUGAUGAAGUAACGCAUGAAAAGCGCCAUAACUAUGGCAUCGACGCCGACGAGGUCGCACAUGAGAAGCGGCACACGUAUGGCGUCGACGCGGACGAAGUCACACAUGAGAAGCGUCACGAUUAUGGCGUCGAUGCUGAUGAGGUUGCUCAUGAGAAGCGGCACACUUAUGGCGUUGAUGCCGACGAGGUCGUCCACGAGAAGCGUCACACCUACGGCGUGGAUGCCGAUGAAGUCUCCCACGAGAAGCGCCACACCUACGGCGUGGAUGCUGAUGAGGUUUCUCACGAGAAGCGUCACACAUAUGGUGUGGGUGCUGACGAAGUUUCUCACGAGAAACGCCAUGACUACGGUAUCGACGCCGAUGAGGUCGCACACCAGAAGCGUCACACCUACGGUGUGGAUGAGGACGAGUCCAACUGA